AUGGCUGGAGAAGUUAUCGACCGACCGAACCCUCCGCCUUUGCCCAGCCAAUUCCCGGCUUCAACAGAAGAUUUGGCCGUAAAGCCGACAAAAGCACCAUUAAACAGCCAUGACUUGUGCUCACUGAGAGAGUUCCAACGGGCGGCGUGCUAUAUCGCCAGUGCUAUGAUAUUCCUCAAAGACAAUGUUCUUCUAGAACGUGACCUUCGGCUGGAAGAUGUGAAGCCGAGGCUCUUAGGGCAUUGGGGAACGUGUCCCGGGCUCGUGCUCAUCUGGUCACAUUUGAACCUUCUCAUUCGCGAUAGUUCCGUGGACAUGCUAUUCGUUAUUGGACCCGGCCAUGGGGCCCCUGCUGCAUUGGCUUGCCUGUGGCUUGAAGGCUCACUAGGACGAUUCUAUCCAGACAAAUACCCAACCAAUGGGGAAGGACUGCAUAAUCUAAUUACAAAGUUCUCUACUCCUGGAGGGUUUCCGAGUCAUAUUAAUCCGGAAACUCCAGGUUGUAUCCACGAGGGUGGUGAGCUAGGAUAUGCACUGUCGGUAUCAUUUGGCGCUGUGAUGGAUAAUCCAGACCUAAUCGUUACCUGUGUUGUUGGUGAUGGUGAGGCCGAGACUGGCCCUACAGCAGCAGCAUGGCAUUCCAUCAAAUACCUGGACCCAGCAGAAUCUGGGGCAGUUAUCCCUAUUCUUCACGUUAACGGAUUUAAAAUUAGUGAACGGACCAUAUUUGGGUGCAUGGACAACAAAGAGCUGAUCCUGUUAUUUUCAGGUUACGGCUAUCAGGUGUGUAUUGUGGAAGACCUGGAUCUUAUAGAUGUCGAAUUACACACAGCGUUGUUCUGGGCCUUGUCAGAAGUCAAGAAAAUCCAGGAAGCUGCGAGAAGAGGCAGUCCUAUUACGAAACCUCGUUGGCCGAUGAUUAUCCUCCGGACUCCCAAAGGAUGGACAGGACCUCGAACAGUUGACAAUGAGAUUAUUGAAGGCUCAUUUCGGGCACAUCAGGUCCCGGUGGCCAAGGCCAACGAGAGCGAGAAUCACCUUCAGAUCUUGCAGGAUUGGUUGAAGAGUUACGAGGUGCAUCAGUUGCUGGCAGAUGGGAAACCUUCGAAAGAUGUCCUGGAUAUUCUGCCACCAGAAGAAGAGAAGAGACUUGGUCAGCUUAAAGCUGUGUACGAUUGCUAUCGAGGCCUCGAUUUGCCGGAUUGGGAACCCCAUGCAGUCGAGGAAUUUGGCCAAGCUAGCAGCAUGCAACAAUCGGGCGAGUUUCUCGACAACGUGGCAAGGAAGAAUAUGAAGACGUUUCGCAUCUUCUCACCCGAUGAACUAGAAAGCAACAAACUCAGCGCCGUGUUGGAUCAUUCGGGACGAAACUUCCAAUGGGACCAAUAUUCUCGUGCCCAAGGCGGCCGUGUCAUUGAGAUAUUGUCUGAGCAUUGUUGUCAAGGGUUCCUUCAAGGGUAUACCUUGACGGGGAGAACUGCCAUUUUCCCAAGCUACGAGUCAUUCCUGGGAAUCAUCCACACCAUGAUGAUUCAAUAUGCCAAGUUCUCCAAGAUAAGCCGCAAGCUGUCAUGGAGAGGAGACCUAAGCUCCAUCAACUACAUUGAAACCAGUACAUGGGCGCGACAAGAACACAACGGCUUUUCACAUCAAAAUCCUUCCUUCAUCGGCGCAGUCUUGAACUUGAAGGCCGAAACAGCAAGAGUCUACUUACCCCCCGAUGCGAAUUGCUUCCUCAGCACCUUGCACCACUGCCUCAAGUCUAAAAACUAUGUGAACCUGAUGAUUGGGUCUAAACAGCCUACUCCAGUUUAUCUUUCCACCGAGGACGCAAUGCAGCACUGCAAGCGAGGCAUCUCAAUAUGGAAAUUCGCAAGCACGUAUGACGGCGAAGACCCAGACGUAGUUCUUGUUGGAAUUGGCGUCGAAGUGACAUUUGAGGUCAUCAAAGCUGCGGAACUUUUGGCUAAGCUGGUACCGGAGCUGCGUGUCAGAGUCAUCAACGUUACCGACCUUUUGGUCUUACCUCACGAAUCUCACCACCCACAUGCUCUCCAGCCAAAGGACUUUGAAGAACUAUUCACACUGGAUAAACCCGUGUGUUUCAACUACCAUAGCUACGCGACAGAAUUACAGGGGCUUCUCUUUGGGCGCCCAGCGUUGCAUCGCAUGACAGUUGAGGGCUACAAGGAGGAGGGCAGCACUACGACACCUUUUGACAUGAUGCUUGUGAACAACGUAAGCCGCUUCCAUGUGGCUUCAAGGGCAUUGAAUGCUUCAGCUAUACAUAACGACGCCGUUCAUGAAAAAUUAUCGGGCCUGUUGUCAAGCAUUAACGAAGAAAUGGCAAGAGUACAGGAGUAUAUUGGAGAAUUUGGAAAAGAUCCAGAUGAUAUUUACGAGCUGAAUAUCGCGAAGUCGGAGGCGUAA